CCUAAACAGCAGAAAAGAACUCUUGAAAUCUGAGUUACGUCAAUUCCAGUUGAAUCAUCCAGAAAUCAGCCAUUUUAGAAUACUGCUUCAUGGACCUGUCGGAGCUGGGAAAUCCUGCUUUAUAAACUCUGUGAUGAGCGUAUUCAAAGGAAAAAUUGUCAUCAAGGCACAGGAAGAGUCAUCUGCAGGAAAGAGCUGCACAAAAACAUACAAAACCUACAAAAUCACUGAUGCAAAUUCUCAGACUUUGCCAUUUGUCCUCAAUGACGUUAUGGGUCUGGAAAAUCAUGAGGAAGAUGGAGUUGAUCCUCGUGAUAUUAUUCAUGCACUGCAUGGCCAUGUAAAAGAAGACUAUAAGUUUAAUCCUGCUUCUCCACUGAGUCAUGCAGACCCAGACUUCAUAAAUGACCCCAAUCCAAAUGACAAAGUGCACUGUUUGGUGAGUGUAGUGCCUGCAGAUAGCAUCACCCUAAUGCCAAAUGAGGUCAUUCAGAAGAUGAAAAAUGUCAGGAAGGAAGCACUCAGCUUGGGCAUCCCUCAUGUAGUUCUGAUGACGAAGAUAGAUGCUCUUUGCCCACUGGCUAAGAAGGAUCUAACCGAGGUUUACAAAAGCAAGAAAAUCAAAGAUACGAUGGAGAAAUGCAGCCACAGACUUGGUCCACCAGUGAAAUGCAUCUUCCCAGUGAGCAACUAUUAUGAGGAAUGUGAACCAAAUAAUGCAAAAGAUGUACUUAUUCUGAUGGCAUUUAAGGCGAUUGCUGAAUUUAUUAAAGAUUACAUCGAAGAUGAUAACAUCUGAGUUAUCUGCGAAAGCAUCCAUUUGAAAAAGGGAUUACAACCUA